AGGCCCGCCUUCUUGGGCUCCGGGCUGGUGGAGACCCGGGUGCCCCCACACCCGGGGGCCCGCUGGGCUUCCGAGGAGGAGGGGUCCGGGCUCUGCUCUUCAGAGAGUCCGCUCUUCCCCCUGAGACCGCGACUUGUCUUCCGGCAGGAUGGGUGUCCGCGCCGCCGCGUGUCCGCCGGCUCCUCGCUGUGCGCGGGCUCCAGCAACCAAGUGCAGCUGUGGCUGGUGGGCCAGCACAGGGAGGCGGCGCUCAAGACCGGCGCGGGAACAGGACCCGGCGGGGACAGCUGCCGUUUCAAGCCUUCUGCGGCGUCGCUAGGUGCCCCCGCGCAGAACACGGGAGUGGCUUCCGUGUGUCCUCGGGACCAGCCCAACGCCCGUGGCUUACCCUCGAGGCUGCACGGUGUGGUCGCGCCCCUCUCCCCACAGCCCUGCCCUGAGCCCCAGCUCCACGACGCGGCUCGGCUCGCCUCGGCCCCGUCCCCCGAGGCCCUCGGAAGGGCAUCCGGCGCGGGCAGGGCUCAGUCCCGGGGCUGCUUCUGGGGAGCCCCGCGGUGGCUGAGCCCCUGUCGCCCGCAGGAAGUGGAGCUUCAGGCGGACGUGCAGGGCCCCUGCGCCAGCGGGGACGAGUUCAGGUUCCCGUGCUGCCGCUGGGUGGAGGGCGCUGGCAUCCUGAGACUGCCCGAGGGCACCGGCCGCGCGGUGCUGGACGACCCUCAGGGCCUGUUCAGGCAGCGCCGGGAACACGAGCUGGAGGAGCGGAGGAAGCUGUAUGGGUGCCCUCCAGGUCCGGGCUCGACGGGCAAGUACGCUAUCCGCGUGGUCACCAGGGACUCGCUCCUGGUGGGUUCCAGAAACCUGGUGCAGCUGUGGCUCGUGGGCGAACACGGGGAGGCCGACCUGGGCAAGAAGCUGGGGCCCGUGCGCAGUGAGGUCGGUGCGCAGCCCGCGGGGCACUGGGGACGGGAGUUCGAGGUCAGCGUCCCCGUGCACCUGGGGCGCCUCCUGCUGGCGAAGCUGCGCAAAAUCCUGCUGGAUGACGCCUGGUUUGCGAACGGAUCUCCGCGCGGCCCGGGGACCCAGGGCGAGGCCCGCUUCCCCUGCUACCGCCGGGUGCGGGGCGACCAGGUCAUCUGCCUGCCCGAGGGCACCGCCCGGACCCUGAGCGACGACCACCAGGACUUCCUUAAGGCGCAGCGGGAGCAGGAACUCCAGGAGAGAAAGAAGGUGUACCGGUGGGGCUCCCGGAAAGACGGCUCAAUCCUGCCGGUGGCGGUGGCCGGGAGGACGCAGUGUGACCUCCCCAGGAACGAGAGAUUCCUGGAGGAUAAGGAUUUCGACUUCAGGGCUGGAGGGCUUGGCCUCAAGGGUUCCCUGGACCUCACACAGCCAGUUAAAAUAGCGGAAGCCUUCAAAAGAGCUUCCGGAGGGGUGUCUUUAGAGCGGGUUCGAAGUUCAGGGAAGGAGGACGCCUUCUUUGGGUACCGGCUCCUCAAGGGCGCAAACCCCACGCUCCUGAGCAGCACCAGCCUCCCGGCGCGGCUGCUGGGGCCUCCGGGGUGGGAAGAGCCGAACCCCCAGCCGGAGGCCGAGUCCCGGUGCCCUCCCUGUGCUCACCCACAGCCCCGAGCCGCCGCCCGUCCCUCGGUUCGCCCACCAGCCUCUUUAUGCCCUCCUCCAUCUGCACUCAGGGUUUCUCCGAGGCCGCGGGGUGUCCUGUUCGUUGCAGGGUCCGGGCACUCACUGCAGCCCCGGCUCGACGACCCCAAUAAAGGCGGUCCGGAACCGACCCCAAGCCCUCUUGAUCUAUCCCUGCUCCCCACCCCGCAGGCUGGAUCUCUGUCUGAAGCCGACUUCUUCCUGCCGGAUGGGGUCAAGCCGAACGUCGUCUUAAGACAACAGGGUGUGGCGGCCCCUCUGGUCAUGCUGACGCUCCAGCCCCACCGAGACUCUUGCCCGCCCACCGUCGCCCAGCGAGUCUUUCACAGACACGGAUCGCCCCCGCCCCCACUGUUCCUGCCCUCCGGUCCCCGCGUGGCCUGGCUGCUGGCCAAGACCUGGGUCCGCGGCUCCGAUUUCCAGCUGUCCCAGCUACAGUCACACCUGCUGCGGGGACCCGUGAUGGCCGAGGUGACCUCUGUGGCCACAGUGAGGACCCUGCCCGGCCCGCACCCUACCUGCAAGCCAUUUCGGCAUCUCUCCCUCCUGAUCCCCUCGCGCCACACCACGGCCAUCAACAUCCUGGCCCGGGAGAGUCUUGUCUCCACAUGGGGGAUUUCUGGUCUGGGAUGGGGAGCCACGGGCAAAGAGGGAAGUCCCAAGGGUCGCUGGCUGACCCUGUCCUCCACGAAGGCCUCUCCCUGGUCGGCCUCGCACCUGACACCGGGAGUGGGGCCACGUGGACGACAUUCUCCUGAGGGCCACGGCUUGCCUGACCCACCGCUCCGCUCCCUCGGCCCUCCUGACGGCCUGGCCUGGCUGACGGCGGACUCUUCUCUCUGUGGCCGGACGCCCUCGGGCUGUGGGGACUCGUCAGCCGGUGAGGGGGACCCAAAGGUGCGGGCCUGGUGCGGAGAGAUCACGGAGACCGGGCUACAGGGAGCCCCGGACCGGGGGUUCCCCGUCUCCUUAGACUCCCGGGCUCAGCUCUGCCACUUUGUCACCGUGUGUAUCUUCACGUGCACCGGUCAGCAUGCUUCUGCCCACCUGGGCCAGGUAACCCGCUGUGGUCAGACCCCAGGGGCUCCUGGGCCCCGGACGGAGCACCUUCGUAGAGUUCCGCGGCGGAUGCCAGCCCGUCACGGUUGGAGGCAGAUGCCUGGGUCCCGGGGAGGACCGGCUUGGAGGGGCGGUGCCCUUGUUGGCCGAGGGGCCCCGGGCCGAUUCACCUCUCUCCCCUCCUCUCAGGUGGCCUUGGGGCAUCGUGAGGAGAAGUAUUUCUCAGGCCUGGAGCCCCAGGCGGUGCUGGAGCAGUUCCAGGAGGAACUGGGCCCAGUGUGGAGCCCAAGGCGGGACUUGAACUCAUGACCCUGAGAUCAAGACCUGAGCUGAGAUCAAGAGUCCCAUGCUUUUUUUUUUUUUUUUAAUGU